AGGAAGCGUUCCCAAACCAUUGAUGUACUUGUGAGGAAUAGCGUGAGGAACUUCGAAUUAUCGACGGCUGUAUCGUCCAAAACGCCACUGUUUCCUCCCGCUUCUCCAACGAACAUUGCAAACAAUAACGGAUCGAGAGAAGAAACAGUUCGACCGCGUCCCUAUUUUCCCGUUGUCAAAUACCCAAGUAUGGUUGACGUAAAUUUUCGGAGGCGACCAGGAACAAAAACGCCUUCACGACCCCGGCAUCUAUGUGAUCAGACCAGAGAAGUUAUUGGGAGGGUGUGCGCAUACUUCCGGGAGUUCUCGAAGAGAUUCGCUUCGUGA